CCCCACUACAAGGACCGCUUGCAAUCUCAACCAAGUUCUCUCUUUGGAUUCCAUAUAGAAGAAGAACAUACAAACCGGCGUCCUUCUCGUUCAGACAGCAGCAUAACCAAAGGAUGGUUCAAGCCUAACCCAGUACCAGAUUUUAUUUCUCAUUCUGAUUUCUGUUAAAAGAGACCCCAAUAUGAUACUCCAUCAGAUAUCUGGGAAACAAAUCUUGACAGGAUUUCUCAGGAAAGAUGUCUUAUUUGGCAGCGCUUUCAUAAUCAGGCUUGUGCUGGUCUUUUAUGGAGUUUAUCAGGACAGAACGAUGCUGGUAAAAUAUACAGACAUUGACUACCAAGUAUUCACUGAUGCUGCCAAAUACAUCACAGAGGGAAAGUCUCCUUACCUAAGAGCCACAUACCGUUAUACUCCACUGCUGGCCUGGAUCUUAACCCCAAACAUCUAUCUUACUAAUCUGUACGGAAAACUCCUCUUUAUUGCUGGAGAUCUGGUUGCUGCAUACCUCAUGUACCAGAUUCUGCUGCUCAGAGGGCUGGAUAGCAGGAAGGCCUGUGGGUGCUGUGCGUUCUGGCUCCUCAAUCCCCUACCCAUGACUGUAUCCAGCCGAGGAAAUGCCGAGUCCCUCAUAGUAGGCUUAGUCCUGGGUACUAUGUAUUAUAUGGAAAAGAGGCAGCUAGCCAAGGCUGCUGUUCUUUACGGCCUGUCUGUACAUAUGAAAAUCUACCCAGUGACUUAUGCAUUGCCAAUAGUUCUCCAUUUGCAAAGCAGCAGGAGCUAUAAAAAAGAAUCUGCAAACACGCUGAAAAAAUGGAAAAUCAGCCGCUCCAUGGACCGCUUCUGGUGUUUUUUCUUAAGACUCUUCAGUUGGGAUAACCUGCUUUUUGGAGUUGUAGCAGGAUGUACCUUUGCAGCCCUGGGCCUUGUUUUUUAUUUCUCUUAUGGUUGGGACUUUCUGGAGCAGACCUAUUUGUACCACUUGACCCGGAGAGAUAUCCGCCACAACUUCUCACCCUAUUUCUACAUGCUGUACUUGACCGCAGAAAGCGAGUGGAGUUUUUCCCUUGGACUUGCGGCUUUCUUGCCUCAGCUCCUGCUUCUUUUAGUGCUUUCUUUUGCUUACUACAACGAUCUUGUCUUCUGCUCUUUCCUGCACACAGCUGUGUUUGUGAGUUUUAACAAAGUGUGCACCUCUCAGUAUUUUCUGUGGUACCUUUGCCUUCUGCCACCUGUAAUCCCCCUUUUGAGGAUGUCCUGGCAGCGGGCUGCAUUUCUUCUCCUGGCAUGGCUUAUUGGGCAAGCGCUGUGGCUGGCACCUGCAUACUUUUUGGAAUUUGAAGGGCAGAACACUUUCUUGCUCAUAUGGCUAGCAGGCUUAUUCUUUCUUUUUGUCAACACUGCGAUUCUUGUCCAGAUUAUUGCUCACUAUGGCACAGGCCAGGGGACCAAGAGAAUUAAGCUACAAUAAGACCUACUUUGCUAUACCGGUGAAAUUCUGUAAGCUGUUCUCAAAACGGAGUUACUCGCUUGAACAGGACUGGGAAACAACAUUUUAAAUGUGUGCUAAUAUCAUUUUGCAAUGUCUUGUAUUGGAGAUGUUUGUCCUUGGUUUACAGUAUAUUUGAUAUGAAGAGGGCUGGGGAAGGGGCUAAUGUUGUAAAAAGAGUACAUCCUGA